UAGACAUAAAUAUGUGAAUAAUGUUAUUGUUAUACUGACUUAACAUACGCUAUUCGAUGGUUUGAUCUUGAAUUAUCUGUGUACAUUAUGAUUUGAUAAACUAUGUUUACAUUUGAGUGAUAUGUUAAACAAAAACGAUAUGAAAGGAUAUUCAUUUUUGAAAAUGUUUGCACAAAAAGUAUCAAAAUGUACAGGCUCCUCACCAUCGGCAUAGUUCUUUUGUGUUGGAAUUCUUCAAAGGUAACCUGUACCAUUUGCGAUAAUAAACCCUGUGGCUCCGGUGGCACUUGUACCCCACUACUCACGUCUCCUGGUUACGAAUGCACGUGCUUCUCGGGUUUCUUAUCGCCAAACUGCGCGGACCUCAAUGAAUGUUCAAUGGCGUCUGGCAUCUGCAACAACGGAAGUUGCGUCAACACACCAGGAAGUUACCACUGUGCAUGUUUCAAAGGCUUUACCGGAACUCACUGUAACUUUAUGAUGGAGGCUUGUGGAUCGUCACCAUGCAAAAAUGGGGGUUCGUGUUCGGUGACGUCAGAUGGCGGCCACGUGUGCAAGUGUCACGUGGGGUUCAACCCAUCCACGGACUGCGAUGAUAGCGGCGAGUGUAACAUGGUUUCCGGCCAUAAUCUAUGUAAUAACGGAACCUGCGUGAACACUCAAGGCAGCUUCUAUUGUUCUUGUAACGCCGGGUUCCAGGGGAAGUUUUGUCGCGACGACGUCGACGAAUGUUUGGAUCAGUCCUGUCCUAUAUGUGUGAAUACCCCUGGGUCGUAUUCGUGUCAAUGUACUGUUGGAUAUACUGGGCACGACUGCCAGAAUGACGUAGAUCAAUGCGCGUCUAACCCUUGUCUUCAUGGUUCUUGUGUAAACACACAGGUAUAUUUCAAAUGUAACUGCAAUAAUGGAUUUAACGGCUCUCUUUGCGACAAUGACGUCUCACAGUGCUUGUCUAGUGCAUGCCUGCACGGCAGCUGUCAAAAUAUGUCAGGCAAGUUUGUAUGCGUUUGCAAUAACGGAUGGGAUGGCGCGCAUUGCGAUGAUGACGUCAACGAGUGUUUAUCUCAGCCGCCCAUCUGCGCUCAUGGAAAGUGCAUGAACACAAAGGGGUCGUAUUCGUGCCAGUGUGACAACGGUUUCCAUGGAAACACAUGUCAAAAUGAUGUUAACGAAUGUGACUCUCGUUCUUGUGGAAACGGGUCGUGUUUAAACACUGAUGGGUCUUACAGCUGUAACUGCUCUUCGGGCUAUUACGGUGUGCGCUGUGAAAUGGAUAUUAACGAAUGUUAUCACAAUCCUUGCAAUAGAGGUGUUUGUAUCAAUAAUGUUGGGUCGUUUCAUUGUGACUGCCAUGAUGAAGCAACUGGAGAAUUUUGUGAAAAUACCAUUAAUCGGGGUGCACACACUCAAACUUCAAACUCUAAACAGCCCCAGAGCUGGGUGGCCGGUCAUGCCUGGGUUUUCGCCGUUGUUGGGGCGGUUGUCCUGCUGGUACCUGUCACCAUCUUGGCGGCUGUGAAAAUUAAAAGACGACGUCAGGCGAACCCCGUUUAUGAAGAGUUCGGGCGGCCGGGUGACAGUUCUAUGCCCUUAGUCUCAAGCACGUUCGACUCCCGCAUGGGUACAGAGAACCUCGUGUACAUGCAAGACAUAUGCGAGGGAAUCGACGACGAACUAUAAGCUGUUUUAACCGUUUUGAAUGAAAUCACAGUUAUUGACGCUUCAAUAAUUUAUUUGGAUAUAUUGGCUUGACGUUUAGCAUGUUUCCAGAAUAGUGAUACGGCUCAACGAAUAUCGUUUAAACAGACUAAACAUCGAUAUUCACAAAACUAAGAUAUCCUUUACAAAAUAAUGUGUAUGUUGGAGGGGGUGUUUGUGUGCAGAAAAGAACAAUUUACCAAACAUUAUACGUAUAUUCAAGAACUGUGAGAAGUUUGAGCGUUGCCCAUAGAAUGACGUCAUCAAAAGAUUAAAGAAUUGGCUCGACCAAUUAAAUCAACAUGAAAAAUUUCAUUGGUCAUUAGAAAAAAACAACAUAAUAUGUUAAUCAGAUGGUCGAUCUACGAUCUACAAUCCAGUUCUACCAUUUUUGUUAUGUUAUUUUCAUUUGUCGAGCUACGAAAUAUGACCCACGUUAACCAAACUAUGACCUACUAUGUUAGAUUUUAGUUGAAAAAAUGAGUAAAUAUACAACCUGAAAAAAACUUUAUGUGUGUUAUUUGUUUUAAUAUUAUUUAAAUUUAGCAAUCAGCAAACAUAUAUUUUUCAAAUGAUAUAAAAACAAUAUAGGGUCACCAGUCCACACACUUUAAAAUGCGGUUAAUGCAGCUAUCAGGGUACCUAACCUUUAGGUGGGUCGGUGUCCGUAAUAUAAGUUAACGUUCGAAAUGUCAAAUCGUUAUUCAAUUUACUGGACUGAAAUUAAAACGUUCAAAAAUAUUUAUUUUUAUUAUUUUAGUUACAGCAUUUCUAAUUAAUUGAAAUGAUGCGAUCUAUAAUCAGGUGACCUUGGUCAUUUUAAAACAUUUCGCCUGGUUGUUUUUUUAUAAAAUAUCUGCAUACCUGUAAGAUAAAAUAAAACGUCAGGAACUCGUCUAUUUAGAGUUAUAUUAUUUUUUCUGAAACCAACGUGUUUCUCCUUCCGGUAUUUUAAUUAUUUUAGUUCGUUUCCAAAUGUCCAGUUUUACAAUACCUGGUAUGUCCGA